AUGUCCGACUUCAGCAGCACGAGGCGCACGGGGCUGCCGCGCGUCGUCCUGCGGUGGCUGCAGAGCCUCGACCUCACCGUCUCGCCCAGGCCCUUCCGGAGGGAUUUUUCAAAUGGCUAUCUCAUAGCUGAAAUAUUCUCUUGGUAUUACCCAGAAGAUAUUAAAAUGCAUUCCUUCCAAAAUGGGACCUCUCUAGCUAUCAAGCUUAGCAACUGGUCACAGCUUGGAAAGUUCUUUGCAAAGAGAAACCUGAAGCCUAUUCGAGAGCUGAUCGAUGGAACAAUACAUUGUAAACCAGGAGCUGCAGAAAUAUUUGUACAAGACAUUUAUACGAUGCUAACAAAUAGGCGGAUAAAACACAUUCAGGAUGAAGAGAUUGACUUUUCAGAUCGUCUUUACCAGAAUAAGUUACCAAUGGUUGCUAGAUCAACUGCUUCAAGAGCUAUUAAAACCAAUAUUACACUAUCUGAAAUAAUGGUGGAGCCCAAUGUCAACAAAAACAGACAAAAAGUUAAUGCCGUCAUCAAUUUGCAUCUGCAGCGAAGACAUCUAGAGAGAGAACAGUAUCCAGAACGGUUUAAUAUUAAACCAACUCUCGGAGCACGUGCCAUUCGUCGCCCUUCUGCUGUGAGUGACAGCAUGAUUAAUCUUCAGAGAGAUAAAUCUAUGCUCAUAUCAAGUGUAGGGUCUACAGAAAUCAGAGGCAAAACCGGGGUACAUUUCAAAACUAUUCAAGUGAAACAAGCGGAGAGAUGUCCCUUUGAUGUGAGUUUAAAUACGGAUACCUAUGUUAAAGGACUACCAAAGAGAUCUUGA